GGCCGGGGCCGGAGCGGCGGCGAGCGGCGGCCGAGCGGCCAUGAGAACCGAGACCUCCACGGCUGCGGCGUUCGUCACCCGCCUCCUGCGGGCCGCCGGCGGUAUCGGCGAGGAGCAGCUGCGGUGCUUCCGGGAGUGCCUGCAGGAGGCGCUGCGCGAGCACUACAAACACCACUGGUUCCCCACGGCGCCGACCAAGGGCUCCGGGUACCGGUGCAUCAGGAUCAACCAUCAGAUGGACCCGCUGAUCGGCAAGGCGGCGGCGAUGAUCGGACUGAGCCACGAGAGACUCUUCCAGCUCUUGCCCAGCGAAUUGACUCUUUGGGUCGACCCUUUCGAGGUGUCCUAUCGGAUAGGCGAGGACGGCUCUAUCUGCGUCCUCUACGAAAGCCCGCAGCCCGGGGCGAAGGCGAGCAAAGCCCUGGAGAGCAGGAGCAGCUGUAAGAAGUGGAGAACCGGCCGGUCCAGCCCGUCCGAGAGCUACAACAUGAUGACAGUUUCUAGUUAGAAGUUACUGUUCCUUGUACAGUUAUGUAUGUAUCCCAGUUCUGUGAUAAACUUAAUUGUAACUGAGCUCUUGACUCUUUUUUAUUUUAUUGGUAGCAGCGGUAGCUUUUCACCCUGUAUCAUUGGAGUUGUAAUCGUACUGCCAAUCCUGUGUGGCCAAGGGCUAACGUGUAAAGCAGUUCUUCAAUCUGCCUGUUACUCUGGAUCAUGUACUGUAAAUGCACUGUACAGCCGGUUGAUUGUUUUACACAUUUAUAUUUUCGAGGAAAUUCUGGUAUUUGUAAUAAAAAGCGACGUUGUAGCACUUCAUGGUGGAUUUUAGUCAAGAUUAACACUUUGUUUGGAAAAAAAAAAAAAAAAA